UAAGAGACCGCAACUGGUUAUUUAUACUGAUAUCAAGACGAGUGAAUGAAAUGCAUAGCCGUUGUUCGCCUCUAUUCUUGGACUCUGUACUUCGCUAGCGUAUUACUGCAGUGCAUUUUUGCUAUUUGAUACAUCAUAAACGAAUACGGGAUGAGAGGAAGCUAACUGACAUUGUUAGCUUCGUGUAUCCUCUUAUCUCGGGUGGGUGUCUCGACAGAAGCGGGCUAAAGGAGUCACACCCUAAUAUUGGUAUCCUCACAUCGGCCACACGAAUACCGCUGCUGUAACAGAUGCCCAGAGCAGCUUUACCAUCAGGAUUAUCGCGGGUCUGUUUCUAAUCGCAGGCUGUCCUGUCAAUAACACUCGCAUUAGUGCAAAAGAAUUCCAAGGCAUCGGGAAGUCAUGUAUGUCCAGUUACAGUGCACCUUUUGGGGAGACAGAUAACGUUAGCCAGCUAGCUAGUGUGUGAUCGAUCAGCACUCCUCUGUGGGUUUGGCCGAAGACUGUGACUGAGGAAUAUGAAUUCACCAAUCUACACGUUUGUUUUGAGAGACGACAACAGCACUGUGUAUGCUGAGGUCGCCAAGAUCCUCACAUCUACUGGAAAAUGGAAACGAUUGAAGAAGGACAAUCCCCGAUUUAAUUUAAUGUUGGGGGAGAGAAACCGGCUGCCUUUUGGACGGCUGGGUCAUGAACCAGGACUGAUGCAGCUGGUGAAUUAUUACAGAGGAGCCGAUAAACUGUGUCGCAAAGCAUCACUUGUCAAGAUUAUCAAGACCAGUCCAGAGUUAAAGGACUCUUGUAACUGGUUCCCUGAGUCUUACAUCAUUUACCCAACUAACCUCAACACUCCAGUAGCCCCAGCCACCAAUGGCAUCAGCCACAUGAAAAGCAACCCAAAGACAGAUGAGCGAGAGGUUUUCUUAGCCUCAUUUAACUCCAGAAAGGAAAGUGGGGAGGGAACGGUGUGGAUCGCAAAAUUGUCAGCAGGUGCAAAAGGUGCGGGUAUAUUGAUAUCUCAUGAUGCAAAUGAAUUGCUUGAGUUCAUUGAUAAUCAAGGCCAAGUGCAUGUCAUUCAGAAGUAUCUGGAAAAACCACUGCUGUUAGAGCCAGGGCAUCGCAAAUUUGAUAUAAGAAGUUGGGUGCUUGUAGACCAUCAGUACAAUAUCUACCUGUACCGUGAGGGUGUGUUACGGACGUCCUCUGAGCCCUACAACAGCUCAGAUCUACAGGAUAUGACCAGUCAUCUGACCAAUCACUGCAUCCAGAAAGAGCAUUCGCAAAACUACGGCCGCUAUGAAGAAGGCAACGAGAUGUUCUUUGAUGAGUUUAGACAGUACCUGUUGAGCACACACAAUGUUGCCAUGGAAACAUCCAUUUUACCUCAAAUCAAGCAUAUCAUCAGAAGCUGUCUCGCAUGCAUCGAGCCGGCCAUCAGCACUAAACACCUGUCCUACCAGAGCUUCCAGCUCUUUGGCUUUGACUUCAUGGUGGAUGAGAGCUUUAAAGUCUGGCUGAUUGAGAUCAAUGGAGCCCCUGCCUGUGCACAGAGACUCUAUCCUGAACUAUGUCAAGGCAUCAUUGAUGUGGCCAUCUCCACAGUAUUCUCUCUGAAUGCAGAUGGCCUCUCUGCCUCGCCUCCAUUUUCCACUUCUCCAUCUCUCUCCUCCAACUCCUGUUCCUCACCUAAAAUCAGAGCGCCUCAUCACUUUGGACCAUUCAUCAAACUAUAAACUGCUUUGGCUGUAGCUGUAGCUGUGUAAUCCCCUCCCAAAUGUCCUGCCCAAAAUUUCCUUUAGCAGGCUGGCUAAAUGGGGGAUACAUCUCUAGAUAAAGUGGAUAGUAGGGAUGUAACUCUUCCGUCACCCCUGUAACAGUCAGCCUCAUAUAUCUGAUUCCAUCUGUUGUCUAUAAAGCAAAUAGGAUGAAAAAAGCAAAUGCACAGGAGUCCAUAGGAAUACAGAGGAUCUGAGAUUCAAAUGUAAAGAUACUGGCAUAGCAGUACUCAGAUGUGGGUGAUUAGUUUCAAAAGCCAAGCAUGUGCACUUAAUGUGCAGAUUGCCUCUUUAUAAUUAAGGCUACAGUUGUUUGGGGCGUCAAUAUUCAAAAACGUGCAGUUGGUAAAGUAUGGAUUGCUUGCAUAUUCUACUUUUACAUUUAAAAAAAAAAAAAAAAAGAGUUCCCACCAAAGAAGAUUUCCCCAAUACGCCCCAGAGCUCUGUCGUGUCAACAAGACUCCUCAGGACUUUUCCAGGCACCUUGAUUUAACAGAUGAUGGAUUUAAUUGAAUUUCUGGAACUUCAGUGCCUUACAUAUUCACAGACAUACUACUCCCUUGACACAAACUCUCAACAAGCGAAGCUAGCCUUUUGUAAAUCUGUAUGCGUCCCAUCAACUGUAUCAAAUUCUUAUGUGCUUUGUGUUUGUGUGCUUUUGGCUCCAGUGUAUGCUAAAUUGUUUUGAUAACACAAAUGAAUCUUUCUCAGAUUCAAAUGGUUAUAAUUUGCAGUGCGCAUGGUUGUUACGUCUACAUGGCAGUAUUAGAUAGAAGACUAGAAGAUGAAUCUCUUUCCAUACAGUGCAUCCAGAAAGUAUUCACAGCGCUUCACUUUUUCCACCUUUUGUUAUGUUACAGCUUC